GUGCUGAGACUUUGUUUCAAGUAAAAAAAAAAGAAAAAAAAGAGAAAAAAAAAAAAAAAAGAAAAACCAACAACAAACCAACAACCAAAAAAACCUCCGCUUGCUCAGCCACUUCCAUUUUUCCCCCUGCAGUCUCGCUGGUUUAGGUGGUUUGUUUUUGUUUUUGGUUUCUUUUCUUUCCCUUCAUGUGGUUGGAUUUGGUGGAUCCGGAGCCAAAGCUGCUUUUUUUCCCCGGUGGGGUGUGUGUGUGGCGUGCAGGGGUUUUCUCGCUGCGUUUUUUUAUCUUCUGCUGCUUUUUAAAAUCUUGGUUUUGAAGCUGAGCCGGGAAAAAUGGGAAACGGUGCUUCCGACAGAAGGGGAAUCUCUCCAUCACUGUUGUUGGGACGUGUGCCUGUGGUGCUAGUGUUUUAGAGAAAUAGCCUGACAGCUUUCGGAGUGGAAGGCCAAAUGACAUAGGAUGAAGGCUGUUCGUAAUUUGCUGAUUUAUAUAUUUUCCACCUAUCUACUGGUUAUGCUUGGAUUUAAUGCUGCCCAAGACUUCUGGUGUUCCACGCUGGUGAAGGGGGUCAUUUAUGGAUCGUAUUCUGUAAGUGAAAUGUUUCCUAAAAACUUCACAAACUGCACUUGGACACUGGAAAAUCCAGAUCCGACCAAAUAUAGUAUUUACCUGAAAUUUUCCAAAAAGGACUUCAGCUGCUCCAACUUUUCCCUCUUGGCUUAUCAGUUUGAUCAUUUUUCCCAUGAAAAAAUAAAGGAUCUUUUAAAAAAUAAUCAUUCUAUAAUGCAGCUCUGCGAUUCCAAGAAUGCUUUUGUAUUUCUGCAGUACGAUAAGAAUUUUAUUCAGAUACGCCGUGUCUACCCUAUUGAUUUCCCAGGAUUACACAAAAAAGAAGACAACCAAAAAUCCUUCUUUGAGUUUUUGGUAUUGAACAAGGUGAGCCCGAGCCAGUUUGGGUGCCGUGUGUUAUGCACUUGGUUGGAGAGCUGCUUGAAAUCUGAGAACGGGAGAACCGAGUCCUGUGGGAUCAUGUAUACAAAAUGCACCUGCCCUCAGCAUUUGGGAGAAUGGGGAAUAGACGACCAGUCUCUGGUGUUGCUCAAUAACGUGGUGCUGCCCCUCAACGAGCAGACAGAGGGCUGCCUGACCCAGGAGCUGCAAACCACCCAGGUCUGCAACCUCACCAGAGAGGCCAAACGGCCACCAAAAGAAGAAUUUGGAAUGAUGGGAGAUCAUACAAUUAAAAGUCAGCGACCUCGAUCUGUUCAUGAGAAAAGGGUCCCUCAGGAACAAGCUGAUGCUGCUAAAUUUAUGGCACAAACUGGUGUUUUGGGAUUUAGAGAGUAUAAUAAAGGUGAAUCUGGUGUUGAAGAGUGGGCCCAGUGGAGUACCUGUUCAGUUACUUGUGGUCAAGGGUCGCAGGUGCGAACCAGAACUUGUGUAUCACCUUACGGGACACACUGCAGCGGCCCUUUAAGAGAAUCAAGGGUUUGCAAUAACACUGCCCUCUGUCCAGUGCAUGGCGUUUGGGAGGAAUGGUCACCUUGGAGUUUGUGUUCAUUCACAUGUGGUCGAGGCCAAAGAACUAGGACGAGGUCAUGUAUACCUCCCCAGUAUGGGGGAAGAUCAUGUGAUGGACCUGAAACACAACAUAAACCUUGCAAUAUUGCACUCUGCCCUGUCGACGGACAGUGGCAGGAGUGGAGCCCGUGGAGCCAGUGCUCGGUGACCUGCUCCAAUGGCACCCAGCAGCGGAGCCGGCAGUGCACGGCAGCAGCCCAUGGCGGCUCCGAGUGCCGAGGGCCCUGGGCCGAGAGCCGCGAGUGCUAUAACCCCGAGUGCACCGCAAAUGGCCAGUGGAACCAGUGGGGCCACUGGAGUGGCUGUUCCAAAUCCUGUGAUGGUGGCUGGGAAAGACGAAUAAGAAUCUGUCAAGGUGCUGCUGUGACUGGGCAACAGUGUGAAGGAACUGGAGAGGAAGUUAGAAGGUGCAGUGAACAGAGGUGUCCUGCACCUUAUGAAAUAUGUCCUGAAGACUAUUUGAUGUCAAUGGUGUGGAAAAGGACCCCAGCUGGGGACAUGGCAUUCAAUCGAUGUCCUCUCAGUGCCACAGGCACCACUAGCAGACGCUGCUCUCUCAGUGUUCAUGGAGUGGCCUUCUGGGAACAUCCAAGCUUUGCUAGAUGCAUAUCAAAUGAGUACAGACACUUGCAGCAUUCAAUUAAAGAGCACCUCGCCAAGGGACAGAGGAUGUUGGCUGGUGAUGGCAUGUCCCAAGUAACCAAGACACUAUUGGACCUAACUCAGAGGAAAAACUUUUAUGCAGGAGACCUUCUUAUUUCUGUGGAAAUUCUCAGAAAUGUUACAGACACAUUUAAAAGAGCAAGUUAUAUCCCUGCAUCUGAUGGGGUACAGAACUUCUUUCAAAUCAUUAGUAACCUCUUAGAUGAAGAAAACAAAGAGAAAUGGGAAGAUGCACAACAGAUCUAUCCGGGCUCAGUGGAGUUAAUGCAGGUGAUUGAAGAUUUUAUACACAUUGUUGGAAUGGGAAUGAUGGACUUUCAGAAUUCAUACCUUAUGACUGGAAAUGUAGUUGCUAGCAUUCAGAAGCUUCCUGCUGCAUCUGUUUUAACCGACAUCAAUUUCCCCAUGAAAGGAAGAAAAGGAAUGGUUGAUUGGGCACGAAACUCAGAAGACAGGGUUGUCAUUCCAAAAAAUAUCUUCACCCCUAUGUCAACAGAACUAGAUGAAUCAACAGUAUUUGUACUUGGAGCAGUGCUAUACAAAAACUUAGAACUCAUUUUGCCCACUUUGAGGAAUUUUACAGUUGUCAAUUCAAAAAUCAUUGUUGUUACUAUACGACCCGAACCCAAAACUACGGAUUCUUUCCUGGAGAUAGAAUUGGCUCAUCUGUCUAAUGGCACACUGAAUCCCUACUGUGUGCUGUGGGACGAUUCGAGAACAAACGACUCUUUGGGAACCUGGUCCACCCAGGGAUGUAAAACUGUGCUUACCGAUGCAUCCCAUACGAAAUGCUUAUGUGAUCGUCUCUCUACCUUCGCCAUUUUGGCUCAGCAACCUAGAGAAAUAAUCAUGGAAUCAUCUGGUACACCCUCAGUGACCUUAAUAGUAGGCAGUGGUCUUUCAUGUUUGGCCUUGAUCACCCUAGCAGUUGUCUAUGCAGCGCUAUGGAGGUACAUCAGAUCUGAGAGAUCAAUAAUUCUAAUCAAUUUCUGCCUGUCUAUUAUCUCAUCAAAUAUCCUUAUCCUGGUUGGACAAACUCAGACACAUAACAAGGGCAUCUGCACCACAACCACCGCAUUUUUACACUUCUUCUUCUUAGCUUCAUUCUGUUGGGUUUUGACAGAAGCGUGGCAGUCAUAUAUGGCUGUUACUGGAAAAAUUAGGACACGACUCAUAAGGAAGCGUUUCCUGUGCCUUGGAUGGGGUUUACCAGCAUUAGUGGUUGCAAUAUCAAUAGGCUUUACCAAGACAAAAGGAUAUGGAACGGCCCACUACUGUUGGCUGUCUCUUGAAGGAGGACUACUUUAUGCUUUCGUUGGACCUGCAGCAGCUGUUGUCUUGGUCAACAUGGUAAUUGGCAUUUUGGUAUUUAAUAAACUUGUUUCCAGAGAUGGAAUCCUAGAUAAAAAGCUCAAACACAGAGCGGGUCAGAUGAGUGAGCCUCAUAGCGGUUUGACGCUCAAAUGUGCCAAGUGUGGAGUAGUUUCAACAACAGCUUUGUCAGCCACCACCGCCAGUAAUGCCAUGGCAUCCCUUUGGAGUUCAUGUGUGGUGUUGCCACUUCUGGCCCUGACUUGGAUGUCUGCAGUUCUGGCCAUGACAGACAAAAGAUCAAUAUUAUUUCAGAUACUUUUUGCAGUAUUUGAUUCAUUGCAAGGCUUUGUUAUUGUCAUGGUCCAUUGUAUUCUCCGAAGGGAGGUUCAAGAUGCAUUCAGAUGUCGACUGAGAAAUUGCCAGGAUCCAAUCAAUGCAGAUUCUUCAAGUUCUUUUCCUAAUGGACAUGCUCAAAUCAUGACUGAUUUUGAAAAGGAUGUGGACAUUGCUUGUCGGUCAGUUCUGCAUAAAGACAUCGGACCUUGCAGAGCAGCUACUAUAACAGGAACACUUUCUAGGAUUUCACUAAAUGAUGAAGAGGAGGAGAAGGGACCAAACCCUGAAGGAAUGAGCUAUUCUACCUUGCCUGGAAAUAUCAUCUCCAAAGUCAUCAUCCAGCAACCAACAGGUCUCCACAUGCCUAUGAGUAUGAGUGAACUGGCCAAUCAGUGCUUGAAAAAAGACAACAGUGAGUUGCGGAGGACUGUGUAUUUAUGCACUGAUGACAAUUUGAGAGGUGCAGAUAUGGACAUAGUCCAUCCUCAAGAACGGAUGAUUGAAAGUGACUAUAUAGUCAUGCCCCGGGGUUCAGUAAAUACCCAGCCAUCACUGAAAGAUGAGAGCAAAAUGAAUAUAGGCAUGGAUACGUUGCCUCAUGAAAGGCUGUUGCACUACAAAGUUAAUCCAGAGUUCAAUAUGAAUCCCUCUGUAAUGGACCAAUUUAAUAUCAAUUUAGACCAGCAUCUUCCCACCCAGGAACAUAUGCAGAAUUUACCAUUUGAGCCCCGCACGGCAGUGAAGAAUUUCAUUGCCUCAGAGCUGGAUGACAAUGUAGGAUUAUCAAGAAGUGAAACUGGAUCCACAAUAUCAAUGAGCUCUUUAGAGAGAAGAAAAUCUCGUUAUUCGGACCUUGACUUUGAAAAGGUCAUGCAUACAAGAAAGAGGCACAUGGAAUUGUUUCAAGAGUUAAAUCAGAAAUUUCAGACGCUGGACAGAUUUCGGGAUGUACCAAAAUCAGGCAGUAUGGAGAACUCAGCAACGAAUAAGGCUCCAUGGGACAGUUUCAAAACCACAGGCGACUACCCACAUUAUACAACGAUAAACGUAUUAGACACAGAGGCAAAAGAUGCUUUAGAACUCAGACCAGCAGAAUGGGAGAAGUGUCUGAACUUGCCUUUAGAUGUGCAAGAAGGUGACUUUCAAACAGAAGUUUAACAAAAACGGAAACAAACUGAACAAAACAAAAACAAAACAAAAAUAAUUUGUUGCACUGACAAUAAGGAGACUUUGGGAACCCUGACGCUCCUGUCUGAACAUUGUGACUACUUUAUGUCAGGUUCUUCCUAUGCCAAAUGUCAGUGGUUUUUUCGUACAGUAUAUUCCCACUAGUCUGGCUAGUGGAGAAUCAGGUGUACAAUUCUUACCAUCGUGUGUUGUAAGUACCCGUGGAAUGGAUUUGUAAGGUAAUCUUUAUAGAUAAACCUCAAGCAACGAUUCAUGUUGUAACAGCUUCAUUUGGUUUAGUUUUCAAAAAACUUCACCAUGAAGCACAAUGUAUAUAUUUAUGCAGUUUUUAAAGUUUAUAACAGUCUGUUUGGCCAUUACUACACUUUUUACUUUAUAAUAUAAAAGCAAAGUUUUUGUCAUUAAAUGAAUGUCUGUUGAGCUACAUUCUUCAUUGCUUUAAAUGCAAUAAAGUAAUAAUCUCACUUUUAUAUGAAUAAUAUAUUUCACAUCUUUAUUAUUGCAGUUUUCUCUGGAAAGCUCAAAAUAGCUUUCUCUGCUGCAGCUGUGUAUAAAAUAUUUAAAAUGUUGUAUGGUGUAAAUAAACCUUUGUCUACA